AUGGAGUACGAAGAAGCAAAACGGCUGAUGAACGAGGCAAUAGAUACGAACAGAAAGGACGAGGUGACAACAAUAAUAAGCCGAUACGGGUUGUCAUACGUACCAGAAUGGAGGGGAGGAUACGCGCUCAUUAUAAGGACACUGCUAAGGAAAAAGGAAGAGGCGGUGCAAGCCCUCAUUGUGCAAAACGCGGAUAUAAAUGGACCAAGUCACGCAAAUUCCAUAGUUCCAUUAUGCAGAAUCUUAAAAUAUUCAACCACGGAAUUAGCAUGGUUACUUAUUGCCCGGGGUGCAAAUAUCAAUGCAGAUAAUGAUGAUAGUGGGAAUCGACCGAUACAUCAGCUCGUCAUCGCUGUUGAACAGGAAACAGGAGAAAACAGGGCAGGACUAACAGAAAUAAUGGAAUACAUGCUACAUAAUGAAGUCGAGGUGGAGGCGAGAAAUCGUGAAGGAGUCGCAGCUGUGCAUCUGGACGUACGACAAGGGUAUAUGGAAAUAUUUGAUUUGUUUACUGAACAUAAUGGGAAUAUGGACAUUGAAGAUGAUAAAGGAAGAACACCAUUAUUCUACGCAGCGGAGUAUAGACAAUCGGAAAAAGUAAAUGCAUUAUCAAAACAAGGGGCUAGAGUAAAUCAUAGGGAUUGCCAUGGAAUGACACCACUGUUCAUGAUAUUUAAGAAAAUUCUAGCUCGCCGAUAUAAAGGAAACAAUUUGUACAGUCCAAAUCAUAUAAGAAAGAUGGAAAUAACGGAAAUGCUAAUAAAAUUUGGAGCCAAUUUCAAUCAGCAGACGACUAAUGAAGGGGCAACACCAUUGCACCUAGCAGGAGCAAAAGGGUAUGAUGAGAUUGUAACAAUGCUGCUAGAAAAUGGAGCAAAUGUUAAUCUAAAAGAUAAAAAGGGAAGAUACGCGGUACAAUAUUGCAGAUAUGGGCGGCAAAAUGAUGAUUUGCCUGCAGGAUACGAAAAAGAGCCGGAUGAAAUAUCGUCAGCCACUGAGGGACACGUUAGUUGGACGCAUUCGAUAGUAAGACAGUUCCUCAUAAGAAAAAGAGUUAUGGGAGAUAUGAUAAACCAGGAUUUGGAGCUGGAAUUGUUGUACUUGAAGCAAAAUGAAGCGGAGUAUGAAGUAAAAUGUAAGAAGGAAAUGGAGGAAAUGAAGGAAAUGGUGUUAAUACGUCAAGAGGAAAGGGAAGUGACACCUAUUAACGUGUGGAAAGCAUCAACAGAAAGUAUGAAGCGAUUUAUAAGACAUAAGGAUUUUUUCCGAAAGCUUCAACGAGAAAAGAUCGGUCGCUAUGGGAAUGACAUGUUGGAAAAAGUCGCAGCGGCAAGGUACAGAGAGAAGCUUAUCAAACGGGCUAUUCGAGUACUAAAUAAUGUGACGAGAAACAGCAAGAUGCCGUUAGGAAAAUUUCCAAAGUACGUGCUGGAUGAAAUCGUUAGUAAUAUUAAUAAUGAAGAGCUCAUCAGGAUGACACGCAUGGAGCAAUAA